AUGUCAGGACCGUUUCCCAUUGCCAGCUUGCUUCGGCUUGCAAAAGAUCCUAGGCGGCUAUCAUUGUCGCUCCGGCCGCCUCCACGAUGCAGCAGCAUUUACCGUUCUCCGCGCCGUUCCCUCCAGACCCUUUCCAGACCCCCACAGGUUCCAGACUUUGCUUUCGCGUUUGAGUGGGCAAGCCGUCCUCUCUGCAUUGAUGGCGUCCUUGUUCGCAGCUCCGAUGCUCUUCCUCACGCACAUAAAACCUUGUCCUAUCUCCAAUCGCAGCGCAUACCUUUCAUCCUCCUCACAAAUGGCGGCGGGAAGCACGAGUCCGAACGGGUAGAAGAGCUCAGCAAGAAGCUCGAGGUCCCCUUGGACACGAGCAUGUUCGUGCAGAGCCAUACCCCGUUCGCCGAUAUGGACGAGUACAAGGAUAAGGCCGUGCUCGUCAUGGGCGGGGACCAGGACAAUUGCAGACGGGUGGCAGAAAAAUACGGCUUCAAAGCCGUCGUCACCCCCGGCGACAUCCUCACCGCCCACCCCGAAAUCUGGCCCUUCUCCAACCAAUUCCUCCCCAUCUACGCCCCCUUCUCGCGCCCGCUGCCCCACUCUGUCCACCCCACCGACCCCUCAAAGUCCCUCCAAAUCCACGCCAUCUUCGUCUACAACGACCCCCGCGACUGGGGUCUCGACAUCACAAUCCUGAAAGACCUGCUUCUCAGCCACUCCGGCAUCUACGGCACCAUCUCUCCCAAGAACAACGACCCGAAACUCCCGAACCACGGAUACCAGCAGGAUGGCCAACCGCCCGUCUUCUUCUCCAAUCCGGACCUCGUAUGGGCCGCCAAGUACCACCUCCCGCGGCUAGGCCAGGGCGGGUUCCGCGAGGCUUUUGAGGGCGUGUGGGCGGCGCUGACGGGCGGGCCGAGAGCGGGCGUGGAGUUUCAGAAGACCGUGAUUGGAAAGCCGUUUCGGCCGACGUAUGAGUUUGCUGAGAAGAGGCUUGUAGCGCAUCGAAAAGACUUGGUUGGUGGGGAGGAUGUGGGUGCAUUGAGGAAGGUGUAUAUGGUUGGGGACAACCCGGAAAGCGAUAUCAGGGGCGCAAACUCGUAUAAGAGCCCCAUGGGUACGGAUUGGGCGAGCAUUUUGGUCAGGACGGGUGUGCAUGUUGAAGGCCAGAGGCCGGCGUGGAAGCCGACUAAGGAGGUGGGCGACGUGCGGGAUGCGGUUAAAUGGGCUGUUGAGGAUUCGAAGUGGGAUGGAGGGGUGAAGGAAUAGUAGGUCUAGAUUGUACGUGGGUUAUGGACAGUAUUGCAGCAUGGCGUUUGGAGCGACUAGAUACAUUGGAAGGCGUCAUCUGACAAGACGUCUAGCAUAGCAAUGAUUGCAGGAAUAGAACAAUAAUCUUAACUUUCUUCACUAAUCC